AUGUCGGACGAAAUAAAUUCUAAACCUAGAAAAUCUGUUAUCAUUCAGCAUCAUAAAAGAAGAACGUCCUGGAGGUCUGAUGAUGCGUUUAAUCGCAAGUACAAAGCGGCCGUUAAAGCCUACCACAACUACAUGGAAGGAUUAAAUUUAAUUCUCAAAGAAAAGGAGGCGAAAAUGUGCAAAAUCCUGCAUAAGCGUAGCACACCACUUUGGUUCCAGGAGCUAACCGACGAACAGUGUGCGAUCUGUGAUCAGUUCCUUGAUGCGAUCGCUGAUGAUACUGAGGAGCGCACAUUUUAUCGCACGGAAUCGCUUCUACGAAAGCUGGGUGUAUAUCCUGUUUGUUCCAAAAGAAUUCUUCGCACCGCGCUCAUUCUCUGCAGCUGGAAUGAUAUCUCUUUUCUCUGGAUACUUCUUGAACUGCAUUACAUAAGGCGUCCUGGACAAGAUGGCACACGUAGAGUGAAGGAUUAUACGAUCAACGAACGAUUGCUUCUUUCGGCGAUUGCACAUUUGGACAUGAUGACCACGCUACGUGGGUUGGAGAAGAUUCUUCCACCAAGAAAAGCUAACGGUAGCUCACCAAUGGAAGAAAAGCAUACACAAAUGACUAAACUUGAGUCCUCAUCGUCUUGUUCCAAAUCGCCUUACGCACGUCGCCAAAAGGUGAUAGUUACGGGUUACACAGUCCCGGUACAGGUUCAACCACAUCGGGAUGAAUUCCUAGGUCGCUAUGAAAAGUAUCGUGACCCGGAGUACGUCAUACGCAAUGAGGAAUCUCGUUGGUUUGCAAGAUACGGAGGUUCUCGCAAGAAUCUCUCAUCCAGUGAUUACUACAUCUCCGGAGAAAUUUCCCGUGGUUCUUCUGCCAGCAGUGUUAGUUCAAAAAAUAGUGCCAGUGCUGUCGUAAUGCAUCUCUUGAAUGAUCAAAUUCGGAACAUGGUAGCACGACAGGAAUGUUGUGAGAUGCUCUGCCCCAAGCACCACAAGCUAGACGAGCAAGGUGCACAGUUGUUGGGGAUUCUGAAGCGCAAUACUGCUGCGCGGGAUGUCCUGAUGCAGGCCGUCCGUGCACAAUGUGUACAAUGGGCCGAUGAAGAGCUUCAGGAUGAUGCUAAACGUCAAGUGGAGAGUUUACUUAAGCGGCUCGUAGAUGAGGCGGUAACAAUGGCGAUUUUGGAACCAACCAACGAAUGUCCCGAAUGUCGGGAACGGUUUGAGAUCCAACAGAAGCUCCUGAAGGGACAAAAGUGUACUUGUGUGGAAUCUGAGGGAUCUGAUACGCUUGUUCCAGAGAUUAUCGCGAACAUGCGCUACUUUAAAUUCUGCGACAAACCGGUACCGUUUGAGUUUGAUCAUGAAAAAAUAUUUCAGGAAUAUGAAGAAAAGGAACCCCGAGUUUGCCCGAUUAAAAGUGCCAUACAUCGGGCACUCGGUGUAGACCAAACCGAACCCAUCAAAGACACAGACAUAGAACAAGCGAUCGAGAAGUUUGCCAAGAUGACUUGGGAUGAAGAAAGAAAGCAUUGGCAGGAACAGAUGGCAAAGGAUGUUCGGGAGGAAUCACCCUCCACGAUAACGGAUCCGCUUGAAGUGGACUUCAUAGAGACGCAGGAUGUGUCCAUUUUGCAGGAUCUCUUAAAGCGCGCCCUUCGAAGACUUGCAGAAAAUCCCAUUUAUCUCCUUGCAUCCUUUCCAUGCGUCGAUCAGCUACCAAUCUUGAAGGCUUGGAUACGGGCUCGGUACGGAGUACCCAUUAGGCCACAGGAAAGAAAGACAGCUUUACUGGAGAGCAAACAUUUUUGGGACUAUCUUAUACCACGUGCGACCAGCAUGCGGUGGCCAUCGCGAAAGGAUACCGGAUUGCAGCUGCAGGUGAACUGGAACUAUAAAUCCAAGUUGGAAGCGACGGCGGGCAACAUGAUGUACAAAUUCUACCGAAAGUUCAAAAACGUACAAAUACAGGAGGGUCGUAUAUGGUGGACCAGCAUGAUGCCCUAUCACUCCGGACCGAUCCGAUUUCGCCAAACGUUUUCGGCAUACUUUCCCAACUGUGAACCAGAAAUGAUACCGCAGGUACGACCCUGGCGUCCCUACCAGUACCGAGCAAUGCCGGGAGUGAAAGGCACAAGCAGUAGAAGCCGAUUUUAA